AUGCAAAUCUACGCCAAGAAGAAUGGUACAGUACACAACACAUUCUACGAUGGUAACCAUGCGCUCUUCAUAACAGAACAAAACGCCUUCCUAUUACAGGAGAAACAGCAACAAAAGAACAAGAAGAUUAGUUCGCAGAUAGUGAUUCUGAAGAAAACUGUUUUCAAAGCUAAAAACUGCAAAAGUGAAGUUGACCUUUGGUUCCGAGGACAAAUCGGCUGGUGUUUCUCGGAUGAUAUGAGCUUUCUAAAAUCACGUGUUUCAUCGCUAUCCUCAAGUGGCGGCAAUCUCUACGACCACCACCGAACCUCCCCUUUCGUGGAAUAUACAGAAGGUGAAACCGUUCGUAAAGACGAUAUUUUGGUAUGUCAGGCAAAGAUGAACUACCAUCCUGGACUCAAUGUGUACUUCGAAGCCGACCGAACUGAGAAGGUUCUGAGAUCUGCAUGUGACGGCGUUGUUCGGAUAACAACAGAGCUAAUUAAUCCAGAUUUGACAAAUCCUGAAAUGACCGUUUAUGAGUACAAGAAGGAUAUCGAAUUGCGGAAACUCACUUUUAAUGUAGUGCCAUUUGAAAUGUCCAAAACUUUCAAUCUUGGCGUCAAUCGUGAGAUGGAGAGGAACUGUGAAGGACCGAAUUUGAAAAGGGAUGUUCAUCGAAUCUUAGAAUUGAUUGAGCAUGUACAAGGAACAGGAGAAGUGAAUUCACCUGAGUUGGCCUCUCUCCAAAGAAUUCUUCAAUCCGACUUCUUCAAUGCCGUGCGUGAGGUUUACGAAACGGUGUACGAAAUAGUGGAUGUGGAGGGGCCUCCAGAGGUGCGGGCUUCUGCUACUGCAAAAGCAACCGUUGCCGCAUUUGCCGCUGCUGAAGGACAGGCUCACCCACGUACAGUCGAAUUACCAAAAACCGAUCAAGGCCUGGGAUUCAACGUUAUGGGUGGAAAGGAAGCAAAACUCUCCCAUUUACAUAUCGAGAAUGUGGAAAGCGAAUGUCAUGAGAGGGCUGUUGAUCUGCUGAAAUCUGCGCAAGGCACAGUGCGACUCGUUGUUCGAUACACGCCGCGUCUGUUAGAUGAAAUGGAACGAGUCGUAGUAUAUUGUGCAUCACGGUUGUCUCGUAAUUUCUGCAUAAGCAGCAGUUCCCUUAAACCGCUAACAGCUGAGGACGUCAAGAAUGACGACCGACUUUGGAAAGGCGAUAAUGUCGAAGUUGUCAUUGACGAGAUGUCCCUGGCAUAUCUGCGUGGAGCGACGAUUGACUACAUGGAGGACUUGAUGAAAGCCUCAUUCCGCGUUGUAAAUAACCCUAUCGCAGAAAAAGGUUGCUCAUGUGGGUCGAGUUUUGCACCGAAGAUGGGACUAAGCAAGGCAAUUCACGAUGGCGGCAACAGCAGGAUUACAGAAAAGCGAACUAUGAAGAUUCUCAGCCAGUCACAGUCGAAAGGGAGGCGAUGGUGGUAUGCAUCAGGUGCUCCUUUACUUGGGCUCUCCUGGUUUGUCACUUUGAAGGAUAUGUUAGGCAUUAAACCUGUAAAGCUAGACAAGGAUCCACUGAAGGAGAAAGUCAAGCAGUCAUGGCUGCAUCGAAAAUAUGGCCGGUAUACGGAAGCAGUUCAGGUUUUAGAGAUUGCUUUGGAGGAAGCUGAAGAACGCAAAGAGACUUUACCAAUAACUCGAAUUUAUGAUGAGUUAGCCAACACCUACUAUGAGAUGGGCAGUCAUGAGGAAGCCAUCAAAUAUUUUCAAAUUGUAAUUAAUCGUUUGAUUGGCUUACACGGAAAGCGCGACAGUGAUCCUGAGUUCAUCGGUGUGUCCUUGAAAUUAGCAGAUAUUUUUGCACAAAAAGGACAGCUUGAUGAUGCCGAGACAGGGUCAGUUGAUGACACCAUGAAUAGGCCAAGCGAGCGUCACGGGUGCGCUCAUCAGAAGGAUAGACACUGGUUGACACCCAAGGAGGAGUUUACACAGAUCCUCUUGCUCUGUUCGGCAUGUAUAACUUAUCGUGAUGAGAAUCGAUUACGUGAAGCAGAAGAGUAUAUGGAUGAAGUAAUGAAGAUCUGUUAUCAGAUUUAUGGAGCCAGCUCAUUUCAUACGAUCAAUCUGCUCAAUAACUUCGGUGCUGCCCUUAAUCCUAGGAAUAGGUUUGAAUUGGCGGUGAAGUAUCUUUCAAUCGGUAUCGAACGGAUAUUAUUUGUGAAUGAAUGUGCCAGCAUGAUCUCUGGCUAUUACUGCAAUUAUGCUGAAGCUCUUUUCCAUGUUGGAAGAAAGGACGAAGCUCUCGAGUGGGCCAGGAAAGCCGUGUUAGUAAGCAAGUCUGAAGAACCUCGUGUGCAACGUUAUGCUGAAAGGUUUUUACGUGAUCUCGAGAAAGACGCAAAAGGAAAGCGGACACGAUCGUGGUGGUUACUUUGGUGA